AUGAUGUUCACCAAGACCAUUGCUGCCAUCGCCUCUCUCGGUGCCUUGGCUUCUGCUCUCCCCACUGCCAUGGAGCGUCGUGACAACAGCACCGCUGGUGGUGUCGAUAUCAUCAACAACAUGGACAAGACCAUCUACCUGUGGUCCGUCAGCAAUACAGCUGAUGCCGAGAUGGUCACUCUCACCCCCGGCGGCCAGAGUUACUCCGAGGACUGGCGCCUCAACCCUGACGGUGGCGGUAUCUCCAUCAAGAUCUCCACAACCCCCGACCAGUCCGAUGUCUUGCAAUACGAGUACACCUUGUCCGACCCCACCAUCUUCUGGGAUCUCUCCUGCAUCAACAUGGGUAGCAACUCUACCUUCACCACCGUUGGUUUCGCGGUUACUUCCAAUGACUCCGGCAACUGCCCUUCGGCCACUUGCAAGCCUGGCGACUCUGCCUGUGCUGAUGCUUAUCUCAUCCCCACCGACGACCAUGCCACUCACGGUUGCCCUGAGACCGUCCGCAUGACAUUGAACCUCGGCCCUUCUUCAGCCGAGUAA